GAGAGAUUUUCUCGUUUUUAAGACAAGAUAAGAGGUUUUUUGUUUUUUUCUUUUUAUAAGAUUUUCUUUGUCUAUCCAAUUUAUCUGUUGACCGAGAGAUAAGGGGAGAGAGAGAGAGAGAGAUUGUGUAUGGUAUGUGUGUAUUUUGUCACGAUCAUUGGAUGCACGUGGAAGCCCAGAAGGAUGGCUCUUUCUGGGGUUCAUAAAGAUAGAGGAGAGUUGAGGAUUCAUGAAAGUUUGGAUGAGCUUGGCACUGAUUUGGCAGACUAUAUUGCGGAACUAUCUGAGACAUCUGUUAAGGAGAGGGGAGUUUUUGCCAUUGCCUUAUCUGGUGGCUCUCUCAUUGGCUUAAUGGGGAAACUUUGUGAAGCUCCUUAUAACAAGACUGUAGACUGGGCUAAAUGGUACAUAUUUUGGGCAGAUGAGCGUGCGGUGGCAAAAAAUCAUGCUGAUAGCAACUAUAAGCUGGCAAAGGAUGGCCUUUUGUCAAAGCAGGUGCCCAUUGUGCCCAGUCAUGUGCAUUCGAUCAACGAUUCAGUAUCAGCAGAGGAAGCUGCGGAUGAGUAUGAGUUUGUUAUUCGACAAUUAGUGAAAACGCGAACAAUCAGUGUGUCUGAUAUCAGUGACUGUCCCAAGUUUGAUCUCAUUCUUCUUGGAAUGGGCCCUGAUGGUCAUGUUGCCUCAUUGUUUCCUAACCACCCCGUGCUCGAAGCAAACGAUGAAUGGGUAACUUAUAUUACUGAUUCCCCCAAGCCCCCACCUGAGAGGAUCACUUUCACUCUGCCUGUCAUAAACUCAGCAUCAAAUGUGGCAGUGGUUGUAGCAGGUGAGGGCAAAGCAGAGGCAGUACACUUGGCAAUUGAUGAUGUGGGAACCGACUGCCCACCGCUGCCUGCUCGGAUGGUUCAGCCAACAAAAGGAAAGUUGGUCUGGUUUUUGGACAAACCGGCUGCCUCAAAACUUGAGGGUUCUCAAUUUUCUGAGUAGGGUAAAAUUUUUCGUUGCCAAUGUGUGUAGCAGAGGGGAUUCAACACCCAUGAAUCCUUUCCUCUUCUUCCAUCGGUUCCAAACUUUCCUUUGCUUUUCCUCCCUUUGGCUUUGGGUUAAGUUCUCCAUUUUGGCUUUUUGAUCCUCUCUUCUCUAGAGGAGUUGAUGAAGUGUGAUUAUCCUUUUUGUAUGAAGAAUAAAGUUGAGGCCAUGGUACAAAAGAAUUUUUCUUGGUUUUGGUUUCUUUUAGGAUUGUUUUUCAAGCUUGCAUGGGAGGUCAGCCCAUUGGAAUAUGAAAAAAGCUCCUCCUCUCUUCUCC